GUCUGCUUGAGAUUGAUCUAAAAUGAUUAAACACAGGCUUUCAGAAGCGUUUGACAAGCAGUAGCCUACAUCUUCACAAAUAUCUAAAUGCAGAGCUGACAGACUUCCCAUUCCUGUGCUUUAAUUGAUAUGCAGGCUCUGUUCAUGAAGACAAUGAAGUCUGCCCUGUUGUUGGCUGCUGAGAGUCACUCAGCGACCAGCAGAGGGCAUCUCAAGUCCUGAAACGAGCACCAGCGAGCUCAGUACAAUCCUUCACCAACAUCAUUCCUGUUGCUAUACAACUGAUUUAUUCUUGAUGCCACGGUCAGCCGGUCAAAUCCACAGCAGACUGCGCCUUUUCCGUCCGCUGUCCACAUCUGAAUCAGGAUACAUGUCUUGUCGGGUUUGGAACAGUUUUUUUCCUCUUGGUCGGUUUUCUGUGUCUUUUCUGCCACUUAACCUAGAUUUAACAAUUUUCGACUCGGUGUUUAACAUGUAUUUUACAGUAUCUCAAAACACGCGCUAAACAGUGUCAUUCUCACGAGGCUAAAAGCUUGAGUGCGUCCAUCCAAGGGCUUUGUAAGGUGGCGGUCUGUAAUAUGCGUUAUCAAGGUGAUGUUGUGCAGUAGCUUAAGAAACUAACACAUAGGUGGAUGCACACCUCCUGGAGCUACUCACAUCUCCGACAGGUGUGCGGCCGUGCGCACAGCGGAUCUGGCUGCGGCGCCAAGUGCGUAUAUUUUCCGUGCAGACAGGCGUCCUGGAUGCGUGUCCAACUAUUUGGACAGAACGCCGAGUGCGUCUAACAUGUGGACCUGGGACGCAUGCAACACAGAGCCCUAAACAUGAGGAGGAGCCGACACCGCGCAAAUAUGGGACUUCUCCUGCUUUUGAGAUGGCUCCUGGUCACACUGCUGGUGCCCGCCUUGCUGCUUGCUGCUCCAAGCGGCAUCCGUGAGCGUCCCUGCCCCCAGAGCUGUAGAUGUGAUGGGAAAAUAAUAUACUGCGAAUCCAAUGCCUUCCGUGACGUGCCGAACAAUGUGUCUGUAGGCACGCAGGGCCUCUCCCUGCGUUACAACAGCCUGGCGAACCUCAGAGCACACCAGUUUGCAGGCCUGAGUCAACUGGUUUGGCUCUACCUCGACCACAAUUACAUCAAUGCUGUGGAUGGCCAGGCUUUCCAUGGGAUACGGAGGCUCAAAGAACUGAUCCUCAGCUCGAAUAAGAUUACACAGCUAAAAAACAACACUUUUCACGACGUUCCGAAUUUACGUAAUCUUGACCUUUCCUACAAUAAACUGCAGAUUCUCCAGCCUAAUCAGUUUGUGGGUCUACGGAAACUGCUCAGUUUACACUUGAGGUCAAACUCAUUAAAAACUGUCCCGAUGCGAGUUUUCCUUGACUGUCGCAACCUGGAGUUUCUCGACAUUGGCUACAACAGGCUACGGAGCCUCACGCGUAAUGCCUUUGCAGGACUCCUCAAGCUCAUUGAGCUUCAUCUGGAACACAAUCAGUUCUCAAAGAUAAACUUUGGCCAUUUCCCCCGCCUGACUAACCUGAGGGCGCUCUAUUUGCAAUGGAACCGUAUCAAACUGCUAACCCAGGGCCUGCCGUGGAUGUGGACCUCCUUGCAAAAGCUGGACCUCUCGGGAAAUGAGCUGCAAUUGUUGGACCCGAGUACAUUUCAAUGCCUCCCUAAUCUGCAGACUCUUAACCUGGACUCCAACAAACUCAGCAAUGUGUCUCAGCAGACAGUGGAGGCUUGGAUCUCCCUCACCACCAUCAGUCUGGCUGGUAAUCUGUGGUACUGUAACCCUAAUUUAUGUCCCCUGGUGGCCUGGCUCAAGGCCUUUAAGGGUAACAAGGAGUCCACUAUGAUUUGUGCUGGCCCCAAGGAGGCACAGGGAGAGAAAGUGACAGACGUGGUGGAGACUUAUAACAUCUGUACAGCAACACCGACACCUAUCCCGUCAACAACAUCACCCGUCACUUCUGCAUUUCAGCCCGAGCGGCUGCCUGUUCCCACACAGUCUGUGGUGGAUAAGAAGCUGAUCUGGAACAGGACAGCCUCCCCUGCUCCUACCGAGGCCUCCCCCACAGUCCCUUUGGCAGACACUGAGUAUGUGUCCUUCCACAAGAUCAUAGCUGGUAGCGUGGCCCUCCUCUUAUCUGUGACUAUAAUUCUACUGGUUAUCUAUGUCUCAUGGAAGCACUAUCCCAGCAGCAUCAAACAGCUUCAGCAGCGCUCAGCGGUUAAAAAGCGGCAGAAAAAGGCACGGGAGACUGAGCGCUCCCUUAAUUCACCACUGCAAGAGUAUUAUGUGGACUACAAGCCGUCACACUCAGAGACUAUGGAUGUGCUGGUUAAUGGGACUGGACCUUACACAUACACCAUCUCAGGCUCCAGGGAAUGCGAGAUACCGCGGCAGCUGAGUCCUCUGACGUUGUACAGGUGUGAGCAGUCGGUUCUGGAUUACUGCCAUGCCCACCUGUCGCUACACCUCAACAUGGGCAUGGAGCCCCCAACUCGGGUGCUGGGAGGUCCGACGCCAGUCAAGUACCACCCGGGCCUAAUGGCUGCCCUCCCCUCCGAGGCUGUGCGGCCUUGCCCCCAGACCCACUCCCUCCACCAGUGAGCUGUGCACACUGUGAGGCUCUGUGUCCAAACUACUAUAUGUCUGCUGCACACAAUCAGAGGAGCACUCAGACGAAAUGCAAGGCUGUGUGUGAGGGAACUGGGACUGGUAAAGAAGCAAAGGAGACAAUUAAUCUACUGCAGAGCAUCCCGGGCCCAGGGUAAUGAAAAUGAAAAUAUUUCUCAGUGGAAAUAGAGGGGUGCAGCAGUAUUGAUUAGUGAGCUUCUGAUCUACCUGACCCUCAAUGUCCUCAAUUAGAAAAGGGGGCUGAACAGCAGCAUGACUUUCCACAUUCUGCUCUGCCUCUUGAGGAGUAUUAAGGAUAAUAAUUUAAUGAUUUGUUAAUCUUAUUAAACAUAUUUCCUUGACUUCUCCUUAUCUGGGCACCUCUCUGCUACGUCAGUGAGUAAUCAAAUCCAAAAUGCUAUAAACAGAGCAGGGAAACAGCAUGAGAAGCAGUUGAGUAGCAGAAGAAAUGAAAGAUCAGCCAAGCUAAAAGGUUCUUCUGCUGCUUUGUCUGAUCACGCUGUCAGUCAGAGUUCUCUCUCUAACUGAAGUCCCCGUAGAGUUUUUCAUCUUGAAAAAUGACCCACCCAAAUGAAAUUACCCAAGACAAGAGAAACAAGUCAGAAAAUAACGCACAGUAAUUGUCAUAUAAAAUGUACAGCCUACACAUCUUGCCGGCAGUAAGUAUAAUUUACAUGUUGACUUUUGAUUUCCUGAAAUGAUUUGUGAUGUUUAUCACAUAAUAAUUAAUUUAAUCAAGCUGAAAAAUAAAGAGAUGAAAAAUAAACAGCAAGUACAGAUCUUGGUCCACUGGGACGUUCAGAUAUUUACUUUUCAUUAUUAAUUUAAAUAACUCUUGUAGUUAAUGGGUUUAUGUUUUUUAAAUGUGUUCUUCAACCAAUUAUCUGAUUGUGCACUCAUAUAUCUACGUGUGUGCUUUUUACAAGAUGUUACAUUAUAAUAUAUGCUAAAUAAACCGUGGUAAAUGACCAGUAACAGCGUCAUUCAUCAAGAUCAGUGGUAUCAACCCAAAUAACUGCAGGAUUUAGACAGCUGCAUAGGUGGUGGAGACUGAGGAGAACAGCGCCGAAGCCGAGACUGAUUAAUAAGGAUGUGUGUCUGGUUUUUGCCUUAGUGAUCAAGAACCUGAUACUAACUUUCACUUGCUUUUUUCUCCUCCUGUGACUGUGUGUGACCGUUAUCUGAAGUAAUACAGCAUACUCAACUCUCUCAACUUGGCUCAUGGACUUUUAUGUUGCUUCCAGGAAAAGAAAAGGAAAGAACACCCAAUUAAGGUCCUGGAUAUUAAUAGACAGCAGCUUCAUGUACAAAUAGCGCGCCAUGAAAAUAGUGAAAGCUAAAUGUGAUAUAAUUGGAACAUUUGUCAGCUGGGAAUUGACAGUUAGUUAAGUCAUUCCCCUGAACAGCAAUUGUCCAGUCAUAGUUUAGCAACCGUAAGCCUUUUUUUCCACAUGUUGAAAUGCUGUGCAUUGAGCUGUAAGAAUGAUACUCUACAUUUAAAGAGCUAGAGGACUAACUAGCUCUACACUGCAAUACAAGAAGAACGCUGUCUCUUUAUUACCACAUUGAUCAUCAGCUGGUGAGCAUGCCAAUUUUUUUUUUUUCCUGGGACAUGCAGCUUUAGCCUCACUCAGCCUUUUUAGCAUGAUAUCAUGUACACUAUGUAGCCAUCAAAUUCAUAUUUAAAAUAUUUCUCUCUUUUUUUAAAGUCAGCCAGAAACACCGUUUUCAACCAAUUCAUGGAGCAAACAUUUAAUUUUGCUAGCUUAAUAAGCAAGCCAAUAACAGUUGUCGUUUCAGCCGGGAAAUGAGAAGCUUUUUUUGUGUAACUGUCUGAAAUGAACAAACUAUUGAUUCAAAAAUUACUUAGAAUGUGGGAAAUCCUCCCCGGUUUCAUUGUAAAGUGCUGUGUGAGAAUGAAGAGCUUUGAUAAUCAAACAAACUGCUUUUGAACAUGUGACAUAAAAAAUUUAAUUAUCUAUGUUUAUUUAUUUAUUGUUAUUUGUUUUCAUAGAAAUGACAUUUUCCUUGUAUUUACUUAUACAGGCAACUGUGUACAACUGCACAAUUGUAUGUCACAUUUU